AUGUCAUCAACAACACCCGAUAAUAUUAUUCUUAGUAGUGAACCAUCUUUCGAUAUAAUUGAGCAAUUUUCUAAAUUAUCAAUCACAUUGCCAAUUCAUCAGCAAAAAAUUCAACUUAAAUUAGAUCCUCAUUGUAACGAAGAUGCCGACAUUAUACAAAAUUGUUUGCCAUUACAUAUUGGUUUGUCAUUAGUUGAAUAUAUACUUCAAGAAUGUCCACAAUGUGCUUUUUGGCUAAAAGAUCAUUUUUUACCAUCGAACCAUAUUCUAUUUACAAACGAAGUGCAGCUAUCCGAGGAUCAGAUCCACGAAAUUCUUAAUAUAGUACGUGAAUCAAGUAAAUGGCCUCAAAUUAUUUUCAAAGAUAAUAAACAGAUUAGAUCAAUGCUUCAUAUAAGAGAAUCUCUAACUAAUACGGUAUAUGGUUUAUAUAUAGUUGGAGAAGAUGAAGAUAAUCACAUCUAUAUGAACUCACAACUUAUUCGUGAAGCUAUGAAGGCGCCAACACAUCUACAAGCCAGUUAUUCAAUAAUGAUUGGUAUCAAAUAUUUACAUGCAUUUGCACAUUUCGUAUAUGCAAAAUAUGGGCGCUUACAUUUACGUAACUCUUUUGGUAUUCCAUUUGAAGCAAGUACCCGUACUCCAAUUGGUAUUUUACGUGGUGAAAGCGGUAAUCGUUUUGAAGAGCAAAUGCUUGGAUUUGUACUUUCACAUGCUGGUCACUCAAAUAUACCUAUGGAUAUAAAAAUGUGUCUUGCGCAUUCAAAUAUCGAUGAUCAUUUACGUAUCAUUAGUAAUGAUUUCAUCGACAAACUUUUACAAAAAGAAACAUAUAACGUCUCGUUGGAGAAGCACAAUUUUUUGCAUUAUGAUUAUAUGGCUUUUUCUGCUCUUCAACGAUAUUACUUUGAUAAAGCUGCUGAUAUUCACGUAUUCCAUGAUCAUGAUGAUUUUUUACAAGCACUUCCUAUUAAAGAAUUAUCCUUCAGUGACGACGAAAUGCACGUACAAAACAAAAACAAAGAUAAUGACGAUGAAUAUAUUCAACCAUUUCAUUUAAUAUCAGAUAAAAUCAUAUUAUAA